AUGGCUCCAGCACCGAUUGACCCCCGGAUUGUCGAUGUGGCGGAACCGUUGAAGCAAACCCUCCCGCUCCCACCGGCAAGCCAAGAACGCCUGGAGAAAGCAGGAAUCGAUCUCUCAGAGGGCUAUCCUUAUCGGCCGUCUCGUCCUUUGUAUCUGGACGAUGUCUACAGCAUCCGCGACUAUGACCGCGAACAUGUGGACCCGGGUAGCCGAGCGGAUCCAGAGAAGAAAGCGCUCUUGUCCGCCGCCAAGGAGGUGAUUCACUUGACCAGGCACAUCGGAACCGAGAUAGUAGGCCUACAACUAAAGGACCUCACCGACCAGCAGAAAGACGAGCUAGGCCUUCUGAUUGCGGAGCGCAGCGUGGUCUUUUUCCGGGAUCAGGACAUCUCGCCCCAGCAACAGAAGGAGCUAGGCGAGUGGUUCGGCGAGAUUGAGGUCCAUGUGCCUGGGGUUCCUGGCGUGACAGUAAUCUGGCCUGCUCUGCAAGCAACAGAGCGCCCGGCAAACUUUCGCAACCCCGGAGGUGCCUCCCGCUGGCAUACAGAUCUUGUCCACGAGCGUCAGCCCGCGGGCGUGACUCAUCUACACAACGACACAAUCCCCAGUAUUGGAGGAGACACUCUUUGGGCCAGUGGUUACGCGGCGUACGAAAAGCUGUCGCCCGCGUUUCGGAAGAUCAUCGACGGUCGAACUGCGAUCUACCGGUCUGCACACCCUUAUCUAGAUCGCAAACACCCGGAGCAGGGCCCCAAGUAUGUCGAACGUGAACACCCCUUGGUUCGUGUCCACCCUGCGACCGGCUGGAAGGCGCUCUGGGUGAAUCGAGCAAUGACCGACCGUAUUGUAGGCCUUGAUAAGGCCGAGAGCGAUCUCAUUCUGGGCUACUUGUUUGACGUGUUUGAGAAGAACAUUGACAUCCAAGUGAGGUUCAAGUGGAGCCCUAAAACGAGUGUUCUUUGGGACAAUCGGAUUACCAUUCAUAACGCCAGCUGGGACUAUGAGGGCACUGAACCAAGGCACGGCACUCGAGUCACUUCCUUAGCGGAGAAGCCGUUCUUUGACCCGAAGGCACCGACCCGCAGAGAGAGUUUGGGCUUGCUGGACAAUGCCGAGAAGGAGGAACUAGCCAAGGUAAAUAACUGA